AUGUGUGAGAGGCGUUUCAUUCACGUCAGUAAACACCUGAAGACUGCCCACCUGGUCUUCAACAAGGAGGAAAAGAAAAUACUGGUGAACCACGCCAUUGGGAGGGUAGGGUACCGUACCGCUAAGUGCCCUGUCAGUGGUUGUGGUUACCAACAGACCAGGCUGGAUCGACACCUGAAGGAGACGCACCUCGAGCUUGAACCAUACCAGCUGCACUCCAAGAUUGAGGAGGUCAAGAUGUCGCAGACCAUCCAGCUACUUCGGGCGCUCAGGGCCUCCAACCCCACUCCGAUGAUGGUGUCGUCUCUCGACCUCAUUGAAGAGAUGCAGGAGCACAUUGUCGAUGUGUCCCCUCCUCAACAGUCACCGGAGCCAACGUGUGGAGACCCUGAGUGCGUGCAGAGAACCCACAUCUUGAAGCGCGAGAUUGAAACACUGCGUUUUGAAAAGCGGCAGCAGAUGGAUGACAUCAACGACCUCAGGGCAAAGGUCCAGGUUCUUCAGCGCCGGGUGCGACGUUACAAGGCCCGCUUCAUGUCCAGUGGGAGACCACACUUGGAGCCAAUGUGUGACGAAGAGGAGGCCGGGCCGUCCAAAAGGGUGCCUGCACGACAGCCAGUCCCGCUGGAGGUGCAGCAAGUCCCGCUGGAGGAGCAGCCAGUCCCGCUGGAGGAGCAGCCAGUCCCGCUGGAGGAGCAGCCAGUCCCGCUGGAGGAGCAGCCAGUCCCGCUGGAGGAGCAGCCAGUCCUGCUGCAGGAGCAGCCGAUCCCUCUGGAGGAGCAGCCGAGUCUUCAGGUGGAAAAGGUGCAGCCGCCCCAGCAGCAGGAGGCUCCUGUUCCCCGUAAAAAGUCCCGCAAAGAGAAGCAUCCGGGGACAACGCCGAUUAAAGGGUACGCACCCUGGACUGAGGGCUCGGGACGUGGGAACCGGAUGCGGUUUAUCCCUAUCCCCCCCGCCAUGGAAGAGUACCUGGAUACCUAUCGGGACUUCCAUGCUGGACUGAACCCCACGCGCAAAGUUCUUGAGAACGCUAAGAGCAAAGUAAGCCGUGUCAAGACUUUCAUCUUCUAUAUGGCACACGGCCACUCCAGGCUCUGUGACUGGCUGUUCCUGGACGACAUGGCGAGGAUUCGAGGCUGGGUGCGUUCCCUGGUGAGGGGGGCCAAAAUGAAGGUGACCACCGCAGAAUUCUACCUGAAAAAUGUGGCAAACUUUGUUAAGUUUGUCAGCGAGACCCCUCCCCGAACCAGCCGCCUGACAAAAGUCCAGAUCUUUUCGCUGCAACGGGAGAUCCGCAUGUGUAUUAAGAACCUGCAGCGGGAACUGGUGGUCCACAAGAUGUCGGUGAAGAGACAGAAGGUGGGGAAGCUUCCUCUUAGGGAGGACCUGAAAGCAUGCCUCACACGGGGAAGGCAGAGGAUCCCAGAGCUGCUGGACGAUCUGGAGGAGGAGUAUUCGACGAGAGAUCGCUUCCUCCUUUACGGCUUCCUGACAGCCUACUGGAGCUGCCUCUACGGCCACCGGCCAGGGGUUUACGCUAACCUCACCGACGCCGAGGUCGUGGAGGCAGAAAACACGGGCGGGGAAGAUGGCUACCUCCUUUAUGUCAAAGAGCACAAAACGGCAAGGGCCUUUGGUGAGGCCCAGAUGUUCCUGACGGCUGAGGAGUUUGGGUGGCUUCAAAGGUGGAUGGCCAUAAAAGCCACCACAAAAGAGGACAAGAACUCCUUUCUGCUGUACACGAAGGGCAGGGGGCCGUCCAAAAAUCUGAACGUGUACCUGCGGAUGGCCUGGCGGGAGAUGGGUCUCAGCGGUGAAAUAAAUUUCACCCUGAUUCGUACAGCUAUCGCCACAUAUGCAAAGCAGUCCAGCAACCCGGCGGACCGGAAGAAAGUGGCCGAAUACAUGUGCCACGAUGUCAGAACGGCAGACAAGUACUACGCCAGAAACCCGGACGUCGCUGAGGCUGCUGCUAUCCGGGGCAUCUUCGCCAGCAGCCUGGAGGAGAUGCCCAGCACUUCGGGUGGAGCUCUGCCGUUGAAAAAGAGAAAGAGGCAGGCAGAGGAGAAAACUGGUGUCCACGGCUGA